UCUUCUCUUCUUUUUUUUCUUCUUCUUCUUCCUCCUCCUCCAGCUCCUCCCCCACCCCCUGCCCCAUUGAUGUGUUAUUAUUGGGGGGGUUGGAGCAGUAAAAAAAGAAGAAGGAAAAAAAGAGCGGGGCUCGGCUGGGAGAGGUUGAGCGCGGGGCUGACCGGCUUCGGCGGCGAUGGAAGAACUUACGGCGUUCGUCUCUAAGUCUUUUGACCAGAAAGUGAAGGAGAAGAAGGAGGCGAUCACGUACCGAGAAGUGCUGGAGAGCGGGCCGCUGCGCGGGACCAAGGAGCCGACGGGCUGCGCCGAGCCGGGCCGAGACGACCGCAGCAGCCCGGCAGUCCGGGCGGCCGGCGGAGGCGGCGGCGGAGGAGGAGGCGGAGGCGGAGGCGGAGGAGGCGGAGGAGGUGCAGGAGGAGGAGGAGCAGGCGGAGGAGCUGGAGGAGGGCGCUCUCCCGUCCGGGAGCUGGACAUGGGCGCCGCUGAGAGAAGCAGAGAGCCUGGCAGCCCGCGGCUCACCGAGGUGUCCCCAGAGCUGAAGGAUCGCAAGGAGGAUGCAAAAGGGAUGGAAGACGAAGGCCAGACCAAAAUCAAGCAGAGGCGAAGUCGGACCAAUUUCACUCUGGAACAACUCAACGAACUGGAGAGGCUUUUCGAUGAGACCCACUACCCAGACGCUUUCAUGCGGGAGGAACUGAGCCAAAGGCUGGGACUGUCCGAAGCCCGAGUGCAGGUUUGGUUUCAAAAUCGAAGAGCAAAAUGUAGAAAACAAGAAAAUCAACUCCAUAAAGGUGUUCUCAUAGGGGCUGCCAGCCAGUUUGAAGCUUGUAGAGUUGCACCCUAUGUCAAUGUAGGUGCUUUAAGGAUGCCAUUUCAGCAGGAUAGUCAUUGCAACGUGACGCCCUUGUCCUUUCAGGUUCAGGCGCAGCUGCAGCUGGACAGCGCCGUGGCGCACGCGCACCACCACCUGCACCCGCACCUGGCCGCGCACGCGCCCUAUAUGAUGUUCCCGGCGCCGCCCUUCGGACUGCCGCUGGCCACCCUGGCGGCGGACUCAGCCUCCGCCGCCUCUGUGGUGGCUGCCGCCGCCGCAGCCAAAACCACAAGCAAGAACUCCAGCAUCGCGGAUCUCAGACUGAAAGCCAAAAAGCACGCUGCUGCCCUGGGUCUGUGACGCCAACGCCAGCGCCGAAUUCGCGCCCCCAGCGCGGCGCGCACCCUGCAAACCCUCCGUGCCCCGCUGCUUUCCGUUUAACCCCUCCGGACCUCCGGAACCGACCCUUUUUCCGCCCCGCUGAUCGCCCUUUGCCACCUUCCACAUACGAGACUCGGAGGGCGAGACUCUGCGCCGGACCUUGAAUCCCCCUAGGCGCACCAGCUCUCUGGCUCCUGACCAUAAACUUACCCAAGGGCGUAGAAUUUGGCUUCGUACGGGCAAGUUUUCGGGAAGUCUGGAGCGAGACUGAACAAGGGAGCGCUGGGACACGGGAGUGUGGCUCACGGCAAAGCUGCAACGAUGGACUCUUGCGUAGAAAUAAAAAUCCAGUUAAUAAAAAAUGAGCAAAAAAAAAAAAAAAAAAAAAAAAAAAAAA